AUGGAUGAACGGGGUAUGUUUGGUAAGUGGACGAGAGAGCAAGACAUGGCAUUUGAGAAUGCAUUGGCGAAUUAUCCUGAGGAUGAUGUGGAUAGAUGGGUGAAAAUUGCGGCUGUUGUACCGGGAAAAUCUUUAGGAGAGAUUAUGCGUCACUAUGAGGUUUUGGUUGAGGAUGUCUACCUCAUUCAAUCUGGUUAUGUGCCGGUGCCGUGUUAUAAUUCUCCUCCGGAGGGAUCGACAAAGCGUGGCAAAGAGGGAACUAAUAAAGAACGACGAAGGGGUGUUCCUUGGACAGAAGAUGAACACAGGUUAUUUCUUAUAGGCUUGGAGAAGUAUGGAGAUGGUGACUGGCGAAGUAUAUCAAGGAGGUGUGUGGUGACAAGAACACCUACACAAGUAGCAAGCCAUGCUCAGAAAUACAAAAUUCGUCAGAAAUCAAUGAAUCAGAAGAAAGAAAGAAGAAGGCGAUCCAGCAUACAUGAUGUCACCCUUGGGAAAAAUAGAAACAUUCCAGGACCUCAAGUACCAAUUACUGGUCAGGCAAGUGAUUCUGCUGCAAGUUCUGCUGGACAAUCAGCCAUACAAGUUCCUCCACCCCCACCUGCUGAAAUGUUAGCUGCAGCCGCACCUGCUGGAAUGCUUGCCGCAGCCGCACCUGCUGAAAUGUAUGCUGCAGUCCCACCUGCUGGAGUCAAAACUUCAGAUAAUCCUCCGGCCCCACCUGCUGGAAUCAGAACUGUGGAUAAUCUUCCUGCCCCACCUGCUGGAAUUUAUGCUGCUCCUGGGAUCUGGCAACCUGUAGGAAGACCGGUUGUAUCUGCCGAUGGCACCACUCCAGUGAAUCUUACUGCUUCUGGGCACACGGCUUAUGAUCAUGCGCCGGUUUCUGGGACAGCUAUUCAAGAGGCACCAAUGAACUUUAGUUCUCUGAAUUAUCUCAUGCAACAUACAUCAUCUACUCGCUCAUGA